AUGAAGAUAGCAAUCAUCGGCGGAGGCAUCAGCGGGCUCAGUCUAUACUUGUUCCUCCAGAAGUACCUUGAGGAGCACAAUGACCUCAAGAGCGCCGUCGAAAUAACCAUCUUGGAGCCGCACAGCCUACCACGACUACAUGGCCGGCAACCGGACGAUAUUCCCUCGACGGGAGGCGGCUACGGACUUGCACACAAUGGCAUGGCAAGUCUCAGACGCCUUGAUCCAGCGCUGCAUGAGCAGAUCCUUCGAAACGGCUUUCCCACCUCGAAAUUCGUAAUGAAGAGCGCACGAGGCUGGACGUUAGGGGCGAUGCCUUUCACGGACCUGCGAGGUAAUGAGCCGGACUGCUGUGUUAUGGUGCUCCGCGAGAUUUUGAUUGCUGCUUUAUACGAACGUAUCCCGACGACUUCUGUUAUCCAACGAAAGGUAGUGAGGGCUGAAGACGGACCCGAGCAUGCCACUGUUGAACUGGACAAUGGUGAGGUCUGCAGAUACGAUCUUGUGAUCGGGGCAGAUGGCGUCUGGAGAUGGGUAUCGACCGACUUUCUCCCACCUCCGCCUGAAACUGGUCCAGCAGCCCAUGGCCAGACCGUGAUGACGUUCGGUCCCAAUGGCUUUUUCGCUUACACUCCUUAUACUACCGGUGAUACGCCAGCAACCAAGAAGCAUAUCGAGGGUGAGGCCACCCUACCGCCUGGAAAGAAUGCUUUCUGGUGGUCUCGAUCCGCGCAAGAGCAGCCGUCUGCGAAUCCGGACGCUGCUGUGCUGAAACAAGAGCUGGAGAAACGGCACUCUUCAUGGAAGGAUCCUACGAUCAUGGAGAUCAUUCGGCAUUCUGAGGUGGCUCUGAAGACUCCAACCUUCGUCAGUCCGAAAGCACCCACUUGGGCUGGCAAGCGUGUAGUCUUGAUUGGGGAUGCUGCACACGCGCUUCCAUCAUCUUCCGGACAAGGUGUGUCACAGUGUUUGGAGGAUGCAGAGGCCCUGGCAUCCCUACUCGUCUUCAACCUCCAGAGAUUUACAAAGCCCGAAAGUGAGCUAGAAAUACUCAGCAACACAUUCAAACAGUACAUGCAGGUUCGGAAAGCCCACGUUGAGAAGGUGCUGGAUGCAGGAAACCGAGCAGGGGACAGUUCUCGUGAGAUGGGUCUGAUCCUGGAGAUGCUCAUGUAUGCGAUGAUGUGGGCUAUGCUCAAGUUCUUUGGUACAUUCUUUCUCAAGACUGUACUGAAUUACGAUCUGCAUGCGGAAAUCGAGAAGGCGAAGAAGAGCCGCUCGAUGUGA